AUGAUUUUCCCGGUCCCUCGUUUUCUGAUGGAAGCGCUCGCUCAUUACAAGAUGGCGUUUCCACAGAUGCACCCGAGCUUCGUCCGCCACGUGAUAGGAUGUGCGGUUCGAGCUCGGGAAGAGGGCGUCUCGUUCGGUGUUCGAGAUCUGAGAAAGCUUUUCUCGGUGAAGAACAACACCAGGCUUCCCGGGUCGUUUUACUCCUCGCCGAGGCCGAAUCGGCGAAUAUUCACGAACACCCCGCAGAGGGAUAGCGGGUGGAGUGACGAGAUGUUCUUCUUCCGGGUCAGCGAGGCCACGAUGGGCGACUUCGACUUUGGUCGAAUCCGAACGGAGUGGGCGACUAGCGUUGUUGUAGAUCCAGUACCGAACAACCCGGGGAUUGAUUACCUCGUCGAGCGACUCGGAAGGGAAAAGGUGAACUGGAGUACUUUUACUCCGGAACGGAUCCGUCGAGUUCUCAGCUCUCCUCCUGCUCCUCCUCCAGCUGAUCUUCCGGUUAGAUCGGCGCAAGAUUCUAGCUCCGCUUCUUCUGUUCCUCCUCUCUCACGCAGAUCGAAAAUGCCUCGUCGUCAGCCUCUCAGAUCCCGGACCGCAAAGGGUGCCAAAGGCGCUUCCUCGGGUGGAAGUCGAGUUCGUGCCGGCGAGUUCGUAACGGCGGUGGAGGAGGCUAUGGCUUCGAAGCCCACGGCGGGGUCUUCUGCCCUUGCCGACCAGGUGGUUGACCAGGUCGACGCGACCGCUGAAGGAGAGAUCGUUCCUCUCCCGAGUACGGUUCAUGUGAGCUCCGAUCGGACUCGGAGUUCGGAUCAAGGUCACUCGAGGCAGGCGCCGAAGCGAGCUCGGAGUGACGAUGGAGAGACUCGUUCUCGCGAGGGCGGCCCGACUACCUCGAACGGGAGCGGGGGAAAGCCGCCGUUUUACUGGCAGUACGAGAAUUCCAAAGGCUUCCCCGUUCAGGACGACGAGGAGGGAACAGCUCGCAUUCAGCUCCACUUCAAGCCCGUCGGAUGCCGGCUCCCGUCCCUGAACCAGAUGUCUGAGAAGGAGCUCUACAUCGCGACGUGCGCUGCGAGUGGGAGGGCUGUGGCAGCUCGUAACAUGUUGGUGUCCCGCCUGGAGUCGAGGAUCAGAGACGCGCCUCAGCAGAAAGAGCUCGAUCAGGUGAAGGAGCUCGUUGCCAAGUUGACCUCCGAUCUCUCUGCGGCGAACGAGCGGGUAGCUCGUCAGGGUGAGCUCUUGAAGAAACACACCUCGCAGGAGGGUCGUGUGAAAGAGCUCGAGACCAGGGAGGCCGAUCUCUUGCGCCAGCUGUCCCAGAAUCAGGAGCAGAUGGCGGCUUUGCAGAAGGAGAGCUCGAGUGCGCUGACGCAGUCGCUUCGCCUUAGCCGGGAGAACCAGGUACUCGUCGCCGAGAAGGACAACGUAGCUCGCCGUGCCAACCGCGCAGGUCGGAGGGAGAUGGUCGCGAAGCAUCGGGAAGUGCUUGAAUCGGCUAAGGCAAAGUUCGAGGAGAAGAGGGUGGAAGGUGAGAAGGAGGGCGAUCAGAUCGAACUCCAAUCCAACAUCGAUCUCCUUACGUCGCUGAUCUCCGGUGCGAUCAACCAGGAGGAAGAGCUCGCCAGGUUGAAGGGGCUCGAGGAUGAGGUGGCCGAAGCAGCCAAGGCGGCCCAAGUCUCCGAUUUCUCGAUCGGGAAGUUCAACCUUCCCGUGGUUUCGGAGGACUCGGUCGCGCGCAUGGAGAUCGACCCAUCGACGAGCAUCCCGGUUGGCUUGAACCCGUUCGGGACGAAUGCCGAAGAGAAGGGAAGCAACGAGGAGGAAGAGAAGGAAGAUGAAGAGAUGACCGUCGAGGACUGA